GCAGCGAGCACCGGGCUCAUCCGCCGAGGCACAGCGUGUAUCCUUCCUCCUCCUCCCGCUGACAGACACAUCAUGUAUCCUUCCUCCUCCCACUGACAGCCAUGGAGCGGGGCAGCGUGACCGCAGGCUUCCGAAGGGACCCGGGGCAGCUCAUUCACAGAUCUCUGGACUUCAAGAGCCAGGGGGCGCAGUGCUGCAAAGACAAGAAGUACCGAGAGGCCAUCGGCAAGUACCACCGGGCGCUGCUGGAGCUGAAGGGACUGCCCGGGGAUGAUGGGGACAAUCCUGCUGCUACAGGCGCAACUCAGCCGGGCAGACUCACGGACGAGCAGAGAAUGGCGGUGGAGAACAUAGAAGUGGAUUGUUACAACAGCCUGGCAGCAUGCCUACUGCAAGCGGAGCUGGUGAAUUACGAGCGGGUGAAGGAGUACUGCCUGAAAGUCCUUAAGAAGGAAGGGGAGAAUUUCAAGGCCCUGUACAGAUCCGGCGUGGCCUUCUACCACCUGGGAGACUAUGACAAAGCUUUGCACUACUUGAAGGAAGCCAAGAGCCGACAGCCAACAGACACCAAUGUGAUCAGGUACAUCCAACUGGCUGAGAUGAAGCUUAGCAGAAGCACUCAGAGAGAGAAGGAGCUGUCAUAGAAAAGGACCACUUCACUAUAAGAAGGGAUUGUGCCACUGUUUCCUCACUACAAGCUGAGUGGGUCGUGAUUUAUUUCUCAUUGACCUUUUUUUUUGCGCUUUAAGAAAAGAACUGACCCAGCUUUGGAUGCAUCUCUGCUUAAGUGCCCUAGAGCUCUGAUUAGAGAAGGAUCAGGAGACACAAAGGAACUGGAAUCUCUCAAUACUGAACCACAGUCAUGCCGACACAAAGACUGACAUCAUCCCAUGUGUUCUUGCAAAGCGCUCUGCCAUUAGUUUGCACCCAGCGAUGGGGUUAAACGGGUCACUGGCUUCAUAUUCUUGUACACAAUGUCUUUUUAUUUUUUUUAAUGGAUUAUGGCUCUUACUGUUGACAUUGAAUGGGACUUGUUUGUAAUGGAUACCCCUCCAAACCAGGUUUGGACAAUCAGCUGCCACUGAACUAUGACAGGGAAUGAUGGGAAUUGUAGUUCAGUAGCAGCUGCAGCUCUGCAGUUCCAAACACCAAUUUAGCCAGAUUCAAUCUUAUUUCUAAUUAUAUUCAUAGGUAUAGGGUUGUGCAAUGCUGUCUUGCCAAUUCCUCUUUUUGCUCUGUACCCAGAGGUAUAAUCACCACCUUGGCAGAUCACAGGGGAUUAUAAACCUGAUGCAGUGAAAGUGACGAGGGUUCUGUCUGUAUACACCAUGGCAUUGAUUCCUUGCAUAACUUGCCACUUGACUCGUUAACAUCCCAGACAGUGACUUAAGUAAUUCCAGUAUAUGGAGUGAUCGUACCUAUGACUCUCUAGGAGGUAGGGUUGCCAUCUUUUCUGAAAAAAAUACCGGCCUUCCUAUAUAUUUAUCUUUUUUCCCUAUUAAUAAUACUGGGAUCAACCAUAAUUUUUACUGGCCAGGCCGGUAAAAUACCGGCCAGGUGGCAACCCUACUAGGAGGGGGGCAAACAUAAUAUAUUAUAAACAUCUCUCUCUCCCACCCCUAUACCUGCAAAUCCAAAGCUAUGUUGACCUCCCUUACAGUCCUUUAACCCAUGGCACUAACAUCAGUCUGGCAGCCUAUUCAUUGAGAACAGUUUUGUUAUCUAAAUACCUGUGUAUUUUUUUAUGCUUGAGAUUUAAAUCAUAACAAACGGCAACAUUUGUAGACCUUUCUUUCUGGGCCAUGUGCCAUACUAACUACACACCUUGUUAAGAGAUAUAGUUGUUACUGAAGGUUCUCAUACAGAGGUGCCAGAUGCAGCAAACCUGCUCAGCUUUGGAAAGUGCAUCACUAAAAGAAAUAGCCAAAAGAGACACUGUUGGGUAUGUAUAGGUCUAUACAGUCCUAUUUAUAAUGGUUUAAUACACUGCCAUUCAGGCAUAGAGAAAUACUACCUGUUAACAUAAUACUGACCCUUUGACUUGCCUGUGUCAACAUGGGGAUUUUCUGUAGGGGGUGUGAAGAAAUCACAGUUGUAGAAGGGGUUAUGUUGCCCUUGUUUGUUUGGCCAGAACUUUGAUUUGUACUAAUUUAAAGUUUUAAAUCCUGUCUAUAUGUUAUAUAUAUAUAUAGCGGAUAAGGUGUGUUUUAUCAGAAGCCAGGGUUUUUGGCCUACAUGAGGAAAUCAGAGGUUUCUGCGCAGUGAAGUGCAAUUUUGGAUGCAAUUUGCCAUGUUUUUUAUGACAAAUAAUGCAGCAUUUUUCUACACAGUUCCAACAUUAUUUUGGCCACAAGGGGGAAGUUGCCUCUGAUGCAGCUGUGCCCAGUUCACAAGUGUUUUGCAGUUGCGCAGAAAUUUGGGAUGGCAUCAUUUCUGGUGUUUGCCACAAGUUUGCUGCACUUAUUGUCACAGUCCACAGAGACAAUCAUGGAGUCACCACCAGAUUAAAGUGGCAGUUGCUUCAGUGUUCACCUGUGUCAAUAGGAAAACGUGGGCUGUAUUCGGAAUAGGAAGUGGGACGGAUGCAAAGGCACCGAGCACAAAUACAGGCUAGUGCAAAGAGCGUCUUUGGAUGGAAGUACCUGUAUUUUGGUUUUGUGUUUUCCUUUAUAGACAGCAGGUCGGACUGGAGUGGUGGGAAGCUGAACAAAUGCAUGGCGCUCGGUUCUCCUUAGUAUGUCUUUGUGUCAGUUGUCUGGAAUGAAAAUAUUGUUUUUUGUUUCUUCGUCACCUGUCUAACCUUUUUGAUCUUGCAUCGAGCCAUUUAUAUACGUGAAAGGGUGGAUGGAGCUGAGGCCGUGCAAUGCUGAUUUUUCUGCUUAUAAAACUACGAUUCCAUUUGCCAUUGAAAGUGCAUCUCUGUGCCGUGUGGUGGAAGCUGUGAAUUGCAAGGCUGUGAAUCUGAAAGGGUGUCGAUGCUUCAUUACAGGAGAGCCGAUCUCCCAAUAUUAUAGAAUUACCAUUCCCCGGUAGGCGCCAUAUUCUGUCUGCGGAAUGCUGGGAGCUGUAAUCAAUCAACAAUUGCUUGUGCUUUACUAAAGAUAGGCCUGGCGCUGUUUUCAGAUGUGAUCUUUUUACAAUGCAGAGAUGAUAAAUAUAACAGAGAGCGAGAGAGGCACAGGACUUUCCUUGUAUUUUUUUAUAGCUGGAGUUCUCACGGAACGCUUAUUAUAUUUCCUUGGUUAGCAGAAUGGCUGUAUUGGUUUGUACCUCUAAGGUUUAUGGUGCUGUAAUGCUUCAGAACACUUUACUGUUAUACAAAAGAGCAUAUUGUAUCAUUUACAGAUCACUCUCUAUAUAGACAUAUAUAUAUAUAUAAAUGUUAAAUGUGAGAAAUGAUUAUUUGUGAAUUUGCCAGUGCUUUUUUUUAUUCUUUAAAAGGGAUAAAUUCUAUUUUAGCUGCACCCAAAUCUUCCUCCUUUGGGUACAGAAAACCUUAAGGGUGUUAAAGGGCCACUGUACCUUCAAAGCUAUGCUAUGAGAAAACCUUAAAAGUCCCUACUAUAGAGGGUUCUCUUUUGGCUGGGCAAGAGCCACUUUGACAUCAUACUAUGUCUCUCAGUUGCUAGGCCAUGCACUUUAUGGCUCUUGCCGUGGGAUUAUAACACAAUUGGAGGUUUCUGAGAGUAAAUAAGGAAUUUUGUGUCUAGCCCACUUAAAAACCUGCUGCAGAUUAGUGAAGGCAAAAAAAUAUGCACUCAUAAUAGAUAAAGCUAUACUGGCCCUUUAAAUAUUAAACAUUCUUCUGUAUUUGAUUAGGGUGCUUCCCCCUUACCCCCAAUAAAUAAAAUGUUGACUGCAGGUUUUCCAUUAUAGAUGAUGUUUUUUUGUUAGCGCCUUAAAAAGGCAAGCCCCUUCUUUAACACGAGUACAAUAAAUAAAAUAUACGUUAAAAAAAUGUAUCAAGCCUGUUCUUUUAAUUUAAAAAUAAAUUCAUAUAUUCUUAAUUUGUUUUUCAAUAAAAAAAAUAAGCUCUCUUCUGUGUCUCCACACAGAGCCAAGCACAGGGGCUGAUUCUCGGGCCUGUGAUUAUCCGCAGGCUGAGAAUCGGCCCAGUGUGGCCAUAGCUUUAUUGUUGUGCUUGUCUCUAGUUUACAGAUAAGGAGCAGUUCAUUAUGCAGAGGGCAUGGUGCAAUGUUGAUUUGAUGAAUAAUCUUCUCUUUCUACUGUUCAGAAGAGCCAGGAAAUUCGAGGAUGUUACUAUGUAAGGACUAUGUAAGAAAUUACUUUCAUUUGCCCUUUUUAGCCAUAAACCAUAGGUAUUUCUUAAUUAAAACAAUGUAUGCCUAGCGCAAGGCCUGUUUAUUGCACUCAUAUUACACACAACAAAAGGCAUUUAUGUCCCCAAAUGUUAUAAAUAAAAUUAAAAUAAAUAAAUAAAUAUAUAUAUAUAUAUAUAUAUAUAUAUAUAUAUAUAUAUAUAUAUAUAUAUAUUGUAUCUGUCAUCCCAAUAAUGCAUUUCAGCAUUAUGCCAAAACGUAGUACAAAAAAAAAA